AUGAAAGAAAGUCGCCAUACUAACUUGGUUAUUACCUUCACAGACCGGGAUCACAAGAUCCCUGGAGGUGGCAAGGCCUAUGGUUAUGAUGGUGCAACCGAUCUGCUAAGGCUAGCUCCGAACCUGGUGGAGGACAAUGUCGAUAACCUCCUUAUAUUGAUAUUGGCAUGGUUUAUGUCGGACGAUGAUUGGAGUAAAGGAUACGCCCGAAAUGAGAAUGAUCUUCGAUGUAACGGAGGCUAG